GUGAGUUGCUGGGAAUCCCUCGGGGCUGAGGUCCAACCUGUGGCUGUUUGAUCGCUCUGAUGGCGUGUGCGCGGCUCCGGUAUAUAAGGAGGCGCUGCGGGGACUGUGCACUGGAGACCGACACACACACAGCGAGUGCGACUGUGACUCACACCGACCCGCACCUCUCCAGCCUCGGCCCGGCCCCCGGGGCGCUCUCCGGACACUAACAUGCAGGAGAUGCUGUGGACCUUGUUGGUCACAUCCCUUUGUUUCACCACUACAAGAGUGCAAGCCGCUUGUGCUAAACCAGAGGUGCAAAAGGAUUUCAACUUUCUUGAGUACUUGGGAACAUGGUUUGAAAUUCAACGAUCAUCAAAUGUGGACUUUGAGAAUGGCAAAUGUAUUGCUACAACUUAUAGCAGGAAAUCACCUGUGGCUUUAGGAGUUCGCUGGCAGGAGCUUGUAGAUAAAAAGGUGAAGUCACACGACGCAGAGCUAUAUCCGACCUCUACAAAGGAGCCAGCUAAACUUUUCUACAGUUCUACAUCACCUUUCAAACCAUCCUUUGAAGAUUUUCCGUAUUGGGUAUUAUCCACCGACUAUAAGAACUAUUCUUUGGUGUAUUCCUGCUUUGUGAACCUCGGAAUUUUUAGCACACAAUCAGAUCAUUACUGGAUUUUCUCAAGACAAAUGCAUCUUCCUGAAAAUACCACUAAUCAACUGCAUGAAAUCCUGGCUUCAUAUAACAUUGCCACCAAGAAUAUAGCUACAGUCGAUCACGAGGAUUGCUCAUCUUUUAUCUAGGAGGGGGUGACAUUUUUCAGCAAAAUCAGCAGUUUAAACCUGUAUUGAAUUCAGCUGAUUUCUAGUUUAUUUUGUUGUACUUUGCAACUGAAUUAGUAGAAAUGGGAUUAUAUCGCAUAUUUGGAGAUGCUAAAAUAUGAAUCCAGUGAGAUUUUUGUUUUAACCAAUAGUCCCAAACUGAACACCUGCAAAACACAGCUGCCGAUUAACCACAUUGGCCACUGCACGCAAACCAGCAUAUCAUGAAACCCUGGUGGUGCAGCAAUGCCUCAAAGAGCAUGAUUCAAAGCAAGAGGCUUUUUUUCCCAUGUUAUAACUAAUUUGGAUCAGCUCCUUUCUCUCGCUAUCAAAAUAUGGUGUAAAUAGAAUAACUGACUCAGGAUAUACAUGAAACUAAUGAUUUCAGGCUCCACAAAUCAUCUCAGCAUUUUCGACUCAGUUCAGACGUUUUGAUGUCAUUCUGUGAGAUGUGUUGUCCACAGUUGAUUAUUCUCUCAUCUCUAUUUGCUUCAACACAAGUGUACUGUAGCUUGAAUCUACAUCAGUAAAGGGGCGUGCUGCAAGCUGUCAUUUUGCUUUGUGUAUUACCACACUGCUAGAAAAUCUGUACCAAUGUUGUUAUUUUC